CGACACUAACUCGGAGUUUCUCCAAUUUCUUUUCCAUUUUGGUGUGGUGGCAUUGAUUAACGACGCUAGUUUAAAUUAAACCGGUUGAUGAACCCUAACAUUGGAGAGGAGAGCUAGUUGGGAACUCAGAGAAAAUGGCAAGCGAAGGCAAACCGAACCCAAGCAGUGGAAUCGGAAUUGGAAAUGGCAAUGGAGCUGGAAAUGGUGGAGGAUUCAGAGGCAAAGUAAACCAUUUCCUAUACAGCGGAGACAAAAAGCACGUCUUCGCGGGUUUGACCAUUAUCACUGCUAUCUUCGCCGUCCCCUGGUACUACAUGAGCCGAGGAUCUAAGCACCAAUCUCACCAAGAUUAUCUGGAAAAAGCUGAAAAAGCUGACAAAGCGAGGAGCGCACGACUCUCUUCAUCUUCAUCUUCAUCUAAAUAGCACUCAUCUUCCAUUACACCUGAUAAGAGAUUCUCUUCGAAGGAUAGCGUGCGAGCUAUAGGCUUAGAUGGAUCGGUUGUUUACCGCAUGAGUCAGUGUCUGUUUUUUUUUUUUUUUUAAUAACUUGGUGCUGGAUUGGAUUCACAGGAACAGUGAAUAGGAGAAUACAUUUUUUUCUUUCAUCAAAAAAGAGAAAGCAAGAAACCAAUCUAACUCAACUUUUUGUACUGCUCAUAAACGCUUAAUGAUUAUAAAGAAGUUUGAAGGACUCGACCA